CUCCGGCUUUGCUCCCCUCGAAUUAAUCGAUCGAUUAGUUAUUCUCCGAACCAGAAUCCUUCACAUUAUCACCGACCGAACCGAUGGACCGAGCAAAAGAGGCCGCAGCUGAGGCUGCCGACGCCGCACCGAUCUUACCUGGGGGCGCGUUAUCCCCGAAACGCGCCGCCCGACUGCCCGGUGCCGCCCGGUUCGUUCUGGCGGUCGUGCUAAGCUUUGCGCUGUCAGCGCUGGGCCGCUCGUUUGUCGACCACUGGAGCAACAAUGAGAUGGGAAGCAUUGCGAGGGAGAUCACCUCCCAGACGGAGCUGUCUGUUUUGGCCGGGUGGAAGCUGUUCGGACUCGCCCUGGGUUGGUACGCGGGCUACGAUGGCUUCGACCUUGCAGCUCUCGCCCUACUCUCGCAUGGCCCGGUGACCUUUGUCACCACCGUCUUCUACGGGAUCCGCGGCCUGACGGCCAGCGCUUACCUCGCCGUCGAAAUCGCAUCAGCGUCCCUGCCGUUCCUCCUCCUGCGCCGGCUGUCCGCGGCCCACUCAGCCGCGCCCCGCACGCCCGGCCUCGAGGUGGUGCUCGACCGGACCAUCCUGGCGCUCACCUGGUCCCAGUCGGCCGGUCUCUACAUCUCGGUGCUGCUCGUGGCCAGCCACUUCAUCCUGCCCACCAACUUCGUGCUCUACUUCCAGGGCAUCCCCACGGUGCAGCCCGCGGCGGACGCCAGCCUCUUCGGGCCGGGCAACGUGGCCGGCGUCCCGCUCAGCAUGCUGUGCGGGCUGGCGGCGCGGAGCUUCAUCUUCGUGCCGCUGGUGUCCACGGAGCCCGUGGCGGCGGCGGACGUGUGGAUCGCCGCCUUCGACCCGGUCCACGCCACGCUCCUCAGCACCCUGCAGUGGAACCUGUUUGGCUACACCACCCGCGCCAGGCUGUCCGUCUCCCGCAUCUCCGUGGCCGUGCUCUUCACCGCCGUCGGUACCUAUCUCGACACCGCCGUCGCCAUCAACGGCGUCGAGCCCUACGGCGGGGUUGUUUAUGCUGCUGUGUGGGUCGUCGCUACCGUGAUCACCGGGGGCAUGCUGCACGCUAUCGCGUGCACAUGAGGCGAGAGUGUGUCAUUUCUUGCUUUGCUUGCCUGGCCGUUUUUUGAUGGUUUGUUUGCGCGUCCCGGGCGGACAGGUGACGUGCGCGCCCUUUGCCCGUCUUGGGGUGGGUUUUGUUUACAUACAUACAUUGGUUGGAACCUGCAUAGGCACGGAGUGACAGGGGUUAAUAGGGCUUUU